AUGAAAAAUGCUGCUAUUGGCUCCUCCCUUGGCGAACAUAUUAUGGGGGGUUAUUUGUUCCUCAUGCGACAUUACUCCCCCGGUGACCAGUUAUAUUUGUUCGGUUUCGGCCACGGCGCUCAUGUUUCGCGCGUUCUAGCUGAAAUGCUGGAUUAUACCGGUGUGCUCCUAGAAGGAGAUAAGAAACAGGUCCAUCUUGUUUGGAAGACUUUCGCUAAGUGGCAGCAGCAGCGCAGUGAUAGCGAGGGGCAACGGAGGAGGAAGAAGAAGCUCUUUGGAUAUCUCGAGGCCUUCCGGGAAGCCUUCUGCCGCCCAAUCACGCGUAUUAAAUUCAUGGGUCUGUUUGACUCUGUUCAUACUGUGCCAUGGUUUGAGCUUCCAGGUAUGCGCAGAACUAAGUUCCUACAUACUCCUCGCACUUCUAGUAGGGUCAUCCGGCAUGCCGUGGUGAUCGAUGAGCGCCGCGCUAUGUAUCGAGAGGACUUGAUAUCAACCAUCGAACAUGACCAGGGCCCAAGUGAGCUGAGUACAGGACGGCUUCGGCCAAACGAACGACCUUCGGAAGGGUCUGAGCCACGACCCUACGGCUCUUCCUCCUCUGAUACCGAGAGUAUUUCAAAUCACCAAUGCCAGGGAUACCACGCAUCUGGAUCCAAAUACAAUUUGCGAAGAAAAGGCCGGACUGUGCUGAUGCUAGCUAGAGCUCCAGAGGAAUGGGAGUCACAAAGUGGAACAUCAGGGCUCUCGGCUGCACAUCCAGAUGCUGUUAGCCUGGUAGAAGACAAUGAUGAUGACGGUAAUGGUGACCAAGACAUCCAAGAAAUGUGGUUCGCCGGAGAUCACGCAGAUAUUGGUGGUGGUUACAAAGUCAGCAAAGAUGAAACGUGGCCCCUCAGCCACAUUCCGCUGGUUUGGAUGGUCCAGGAAGCGAAACGCGCGGGACUCCAAUUUGACGAGCAAAAGCUCAAACGUUUCGAGUGUCGGGAGGAAUCCUUCGGUGGAUCAUCCCAUAUUCGAACGGGAUCCCGGCAUUCCGAGCACUUAUCACCUUAUCCAAACCACCACUCUGAGGGCCUGACCAGUACUCAAAGAGUGGCAUCCGAUAGCACGCUCAAUCAGACGGACCUCUCCUCCUGGAGUUCCAGCCACACAGCUCUUGAGCUCUCUAGAAAUGAAGGAGUACUCCCUGACCCAUUAGCAUUCAACAACGACCUGUCUACAGUGUCUGUGCUGAAGAGAUGUCUUUUGGAGUACUUGCCGCUUCGUCGCGUGAAAUUGCAGUCGGACGAGUCGUGGAGACCUAUUCGAUGGCCUCCUUCCCGUGGAACCGCCCGCAAUAUUCCCCGGGAUGCUCAGAUUCAUGUAUCUGUGGGGCGUCGUACUGAUGCCAAUCCAAACUGUCGCCAGGGAAUCUGA